AUUCGAUCACUUCCAGCAUGGUUUGUUUAUGGAGGUUCCUAUUGUAACAUUUUGCUUUCAAAGACAGUUCAGUUAAUAAUACAGUCCGGUGAUGAAUGAGUCAAAUGAAGUUGUACAGUAGAUUGAAUUAGACAUGGAAUCUGUUAAAUCAAGGUUCCGGAAACUCUCCCUCAACCAUGUGUGUUUUGUUGGACUGUGUGCCGUGAUUGUAUACUUGUUCCGAGCUGGAGAUACCUAUUACUUGAAACCAGUGUGGAGGAAACGAGUUGAGAGCCAGCAAUUUGCUAAUGGUGCUUACCCAACAGAUGAGGAUAGGUUACCUCCCCCUGUCAUCACUGACCUUGAAAGUGAUGGUGUAAACGAGAUAGUGCUGAUAACAAAUGACAUGAAACUGACGAUCUUAGCUCUUCCUGAGAUGCAAAACAAGGAUGAGGGAACCUUACCCCAUGUGAUUGUGAAACAUAAAGUAACUCUGCCUUUACUGAAUGCUAAAGGUGAUGUAGUGAGUCGUCCUAUUGUCAUGAGGACGGGCUUCACUGAACCAUAUCAAUCAAUGGUGCAAGUGAGAUCUCAGGUGAUAGUGCUAGCUACUGAAGACUGGCAGGUGCUGUGCUACAGCCCAGCGCUGGAGUUGGUGUGGAGGACAUCCCUGAUGCCGGCCGAGUCGCUGAAGGAAGCUUACGUCAUGACGGCCAUGGAUGUGCUAGUCUCCUCACACUCGGUCAAGAAGAAUGAUGGCGGACUCGUGAUCAUCGGAGGCAGCAUGCUGCAUAAGACACAUCUACAGACAGAGGAAGAAAUGCUUCAUUUACGGAACCACACGGAGGAAUCUCUGGACAGAGGGCAUUUCUCAACAUUUGCUGUCAGUGGUAGAAAUGGGUCUUUGCGAUGGAGCCAUCUACCGGGAGAUUUUGGCGAGCAGCCGCAGGACAUCAAGGCACGGCCAUUUAACUCUUCACGUCAGGAGAAUGGAGGGGAACACCACUGGAAACUGGGCCUGAGAAAGAACAGACUGCACAAGGGGGAGGUGCCCUGGAGGGUCUACAAGGACAAGAUAAAGUCUCUAUUGCCCCACAUGUGGACUGGCUUGGCAGACACCAAGUUCAAACUGGCUCGCUUUCAGAAAGAGGCUCCGGUUCCAGAGACUGAUGAUGAAGAUGAGGAUCAGGAGCCCUUCCAGUCCACGGCUCUCAAGCCAGAGCACAUUGUUGGAUAUGCCUAUGGUGGUCUGAGGCCUCACAGUGACGCCGAACAUGUCGACAACCCCAACGCUGUCGUCAUCCAUCGAGACACUGGAGUAGAAGUGCUCAAUCUGCUGUCAGGUCGCCCGAUGACAAGAAUGGAGUUCCUGCCUGACUCCUCAAUCUACAUGGACGUGGAUGGGGACUGGGAGCCAGAGAAGAUAACAUGGGGACAGUUCAAAGACCACACUGUGUGCUACCUGGAGAUCUGGCGCCAGCAGCCCAUCAAGGAGAAGCUGGACCAGCUGGCCGUCUGCAUCUCCAAGCGGAUGGUGUGGACGCGGUCAUGGGCACUUGAGGAGGACUUCUACAAGAAACUGCCACCCUACAUCACCCAGAAUGUUGCCAAGAAGAAGGGAAUCAUCUCACAUCUACUUGGCCGUCACUUGUCAUCUGACUCCCGUUUUGACGUUGUGUCCGUCACCAGCCUGGGCAGAGUGUCCUCCUUUGAUUUGGAGGGAAACAUCCACUGGCAGGCACAAACCGUGGCAACGUGGUCGACCCUAGCUGUGGCAGUGAGAAAAGACAGGAAGCGAAAACAGGCCAGCACUAAGGAGUUCUUUGAUUCCUUCAUGCCCAGCAGGGUGCCCAUGUCGGUGAAAGUCUUUGGACACAAGGACACACUGGCCGUGGCAGGCUUCAAUGGUAUCAGUGUGGUAGACCUGAAGGAAGGACACGUGUUGGCGGAACACACCAUCCCAGCACCCCCGACAGCACCUCUCUUUGUGGGCGACUUCAACAAUGACGGCCUCAAUGAUGUGGUUCUCACCUGUAAGAUGGGGUACAUUGGGUUCGUGCUGCAGUCCAAGACAAACCACGAGUUCACAGCAAUGUAUGCCACAGCCGUUUUCCUGUCCAUCUUCGUCAUCACAAUGUGCAUGUCACCUGAUGUGUGGUCCAAGUCAGAAGAGGAUGAGGAGUAGGCGGUAUCAUGGACCUCUCACUGGUGUAGGCAUACCAGCAGCUGUUGGAGGAGUGUGGGAUCAAGCAGGAUCAGUGUUCUUCUGGACUUGUACAAGAGUUGUCUACAAGGGUGUGAAGUCAUUCCAGAUGUGAGGAGCCUUUGCACACAGAUGCUGGAGCAUCCAGUUCCAUAGCACCAGGAACGGACCACCUUACUUCCAACACAUGGACAUGGCAGGAAGCCUUGAAGUAUUCCUGCAGGCUUUCACCACCAAAUUACCCCAUGCAUAGUUCUAUGAUGGUCUCUCAUCCAUUUUCCAUCCAUCCAUCCAUCCAUCCAUCCUUCCAUCUGUUCAUUCAUUUGUCCAUCCAUACAUGAAAUUGUCUGUUAAUAAUGAAGGAGAGUUCAGCCUCAAUAUCUGGGAAUACAAACACAAAUCAAUUCUUAUGGGUUUUCUCUUCACAGAACAAGAAUGAAUGUUUACUUGAAAAAGAGAAUGGCACCAAGAAACUCUCUGCUUAUUCACAGUGUGCUUGUAUUCUGUGUGCUUAACACUGUUAUGUUUUAGGGAUUGGUACAACAUCCAGAUACAAACUGAAACACUUUGAAAAUGCAUAUCCAGAUUUAUGUAAUUUGUGACAAGUUGACCAAAAAAGUCGAUAUUCUGCUCUGUAUAUCUAGGCAUUUGAUAAUCAAGCACGUCAAUGUUUCCAUGUAGGUUUGAACAUAAGAACCUGUCUUAUGUUCUUCUUUGCGAGUUAGUAUGAAUAGAAAUGAAUCCAUCCCAAUGGUGCCUCCUGUCUGGACAGGCAUGGUACUUUAGGCAAUCUCUGUAUUGUUAUAGUUUUCAUUGUGCUUCCUUCAUAUGUAAUACAUGUUUAAGAAGAUGCCAUUUCCACAGGACUGUUUGUUAAGAGAUGAAUGUGUGAUAUAUGAGAGCAGUAUUUAUUGAAUAAAUGCUAUAUUUGUAAA